CUUCUGCAUUGAUUAAUAGUUAUCUAAAUUCUCGAGAUUUACCGAUUUCCUCCGGUUGAACUGCAUGUGGGUUUUGUCUGUUCUCAUUCUAUCGCGCGUGAAAAUGAUGAAGGCAAGAAAUGAGGGAUUUUGUAACAUCGUCUGCAUGAAGACGUUGUUCUUCGUGUUCAGUUUCCUUUUUUGGGUAAGUAAUUCUGAUCAGCCAACCAGCAGCCCAACUUCUCGAGUACAACCAGCUUAACGUAAUUGUAUUUUGGUUUUUCUUGUAGAUGUCUCGCUAAUGUGGUAUUUUUAAAUACGAGUAAUCAUUCAUGUACAACAUACUUAAUUCCCCUUAUCUUUAUGCCUGAGUCAGUCCUCUAGACAACGUAUAUGAUCACAAAAUAAGCUUACGUUUUAUUCUCAAGAUGAUGUGUGUAUUGAUCAACUGGACAACAGCUGCCUUUUAUUUUCCUUUCCGUGACUUAAUGAGUUUUAUUUCAUCAUAUGUUGUGGUUGUUCAACCGUGUCUUUCUUCGGUUUGUAGAGUAAAUGAUAUGACUAGAACCCUUUUUUUCCAAACGAAAACGAACGAUAUCGAUAAAUAUAGCUUAUUGCGGAUGUAUCCUGAAUAAACCAGUAGAAUCCAGAAAUUUUCAUAAGCUUAAGUCUCAUAUUUUGAAUUUUAGCCAUAUUUUUAGAAAGUGUCAUUCUCUAUACUGCUCUCAGUAACAGUAACACUUCAACCUGUCUGAUCAAAGUGAUGAGCUUUCCUUCACUCUGUUCGGCGGAAUUCAAUUUUUAUCUAGAGGGGCAUCUUUGUCUAUUCUUUGACUGGAAUUGGAAACAUUUUUUUUGAUUGACUUAUCUUAAUUGUGGCCAGUAAAUUAUAGCAAAUUUACAGAAAGAAAUCGAAAUUAGUGUUUGUGUUCUUCAAUAAUAUUACUGACUAAUUUUGAACCCAUUUACAAACUACUUCCCCCCCUUCCUUGUAGUGCAUUUUCAGUAAUACUUGAAAUAUGAUACAACACACAAAUAAAAAAAAACACUAUUAUUGUGGGAAUGUUUUGGCAAAUGGUAUACUUACGAAAUUGCGGCCAAAUUCUGAUAGUAAUCAUUGCUUAAGGUUACUAGAAAUUGUAUUAAAUUGGAAAAAAAAGGCUUUUGAAUGAUUCUCUGAUUUCGCUUAUCACAAUUUGAUCAGUAAUGGUAGUUGGACUGUCCAAUUACAUAGACAUGAUGCGUCCACUGUCCAAUUAACCCUUUAACUCCCAUAAGUGACCAAGAAAGAAUUUCUCCUUACAAUAUCAAAACAAUAUCAAGCAGACAAGUUAUGAGAAUAAAGAAAAAUUAUCAGUUAGGGGAUUAUAAGAUGAUCCAAUACUAAAUCCUCCAAACUAACAUCACAAGAACUGUAUAGGAGAUAGUAAGGAGAAUUACUAAUGAGAUCUUAGGAGUUGAAGGGUUAAAAGCAUGAUGCAUACACUGUCUGAUAAGUAUUCAUAUUGGGCUGAUGAUUACCAAUCAUGAUUGGGAAUUUUGUUUUAGUUUGAUUACACACUGUCACAGUAACUCACCAUUAGAAUCUAUUAGUUGUUCAACCCAGAAGGGGGACAAGAAGCACACAAGGACUCCUUUGAUUCCUUUUGGGUACUUAUCAAAGAGGAUGUGAUAGUAAUGGUGUGUUUUGGUGAACUUUACUUUCCUGUAACAGAUUAAUUUUAAUUCAUAAUUCUUUAAUUGUUGUCAGCUUGCAGGACUUGGUAUUAUGGGAGUUGGAAUAUGGAUCAUGGUGUACAAAAGUGACUAUCAGAGCUUGCUGGAUAGUGAUAUAUAUGUCAUUAUUCCUGGUCUUAUGAUUGCAGCUGGAGUUGUGGUUGUUAUUGUAGGGAUCAUAGGGUGUUUGGGAGCAGCCAAAGAAAAUCGCUUUUUCUUAAUUUCAGUGAGUUUCUUGGUGGAUUCUAUUGUUUCAUUAUGAUAAAGUUAUGAUGUUGUGUGCCAAAGUUAUGAUUUUUUGCAAUUAAGAGGUGAAAUAGUCACAGUAAAGUUUUAAAUAGAGAUGAAAAUAUUUUCCAAUAUGUUGAUAAUCAUGCAAUUGAUGGAGGAUUUACUAGUGUUAUAUUUAGUAACAAAGCAAGUGUGUUCCUAUGCUUUUAUACUUGGAACCUUUUGGCAGUUAAAGGAGUCAUUUCUUUUGAUGUAGUUUAAGAUGCUCCCUAUGCAAUUCAGUACUUCAGAACGAAAAGUUUUGUUGGUUUACAUACUAGACUACCCAAGUUUUUGAAUGUUAAAUAUAACUAACUUGCCUAUGUCUUCUCAUUUUUGACAGUUUUUAGUGAUGGUGAUCUUGAUUUUCAUCCUGGAAUUAGCUAUUGGAGUUCUGGCAUUUGUUUACUCUUCCAAGGUAUUUAAACUAUGUUCAAAAACUAACAAAUUGUAUUAAGACUCAGUGGUUUUUGUUUGAGCAUCAGCCAGAGUGUUUGGAGUUUAAAGAAAGUUGCCUGUUUCUCAUUAAUUCAGAAUAAAAGAUACAUAUUUUGUGUAGUUAAAGAUAUCUUAACCCUUAAACUCCUAGACAUGAUCAACAUGAAGCUUCUCCCUUUAGUAUCCUUACAUUAUCCAGCAAACAGCUAAUGAGAAUAUUCAAACUUAUCAGGCAGACAUUGUUGUCUUGAUCCAACACCAAAUUCUCAUAACUAAUUUACAUGGAUAUGUGUAGCAGCUAGAGGGGAGAAUUACCAAUCAGAUCUUAGAAGUUAAAGGGCUAAGGUAUGAAUUAACAGCAUUUUAAUUUACUUUACAAUUCCUCUCCAAUUUGCACUCUAUGAUGUGUACCAUAUAAGCUUUUCUGGAUGUUUUGUGAUUUUGGAAACAAUUAAUGCACAUGCUUGGUAAAAUUAUAACUACCAAGAUUUUGGAGGAUGAGGAAGCUUAAAUUUUUGCAGUGCUUAAGAUGUGUUUAUCAAUAGUUAUAGAAAAGCAUCACAAAUACAAUGGAACUUCUGCAAAUCACAGUACAGUAAGUUAGGCAGUUAAAUUACUGAAAUGAACUUUUAAGUGCAUAAAUUUUCUUAUAGUUUCAAUGAAUUUUUUAAAAUUUUUUUUAUAAAUCAUUAUCAUUUGUAGCUGUUGAAGUAGCCAUCUUUUGACAACAAUCAAUUUUUCAUUCAUUUUGAGAACUUGUUCCCUUUUUAUUUAUGGUCUGUUCUUUACAGCAAGCAGCUACUUUUUACUUUUGGGACAGACCAUCCAAGGGAGGUGUCAGAACACAUCCAUGUGUAUAUUUUAGUAUUUGUUCAUUCUGUUUAUAGAUAAAAGAUGAGAUACAGACAUCAAUAAAGGAGAAAAUGAACCAGCAGUAUGGUGUGAAUGAUGCUGUCACUAAUUCAAUUGAUACGCUACAACAAGAGGUUGGUGUCAUUUUCUUUAUAAAAAUUAAUGUCAAGUUCUUCAUAAAUAUUUUUGUGCAGUCUUCAUGUUCAUGUUCAGGUCAUGAAAAUGAUUGUAGAUGAUGUAUUUCAACACUUUUAAUUACUCCUUGUUCACUUCAGAACCGAUGUUGUGGUGACACUGGUGGAAAGAGUUGGAAUGGUACAUCAUGGCAGCAAAGGGAUGGAAAUGAGAAUGUUGUUCCCGACUCAUGCUGUAAAACAGUUUCUGAGGGGUGUGGCAAAAGAAUGCACCCAUCAAAUAUCAAUAAUGAGGUACAGUUUAAAGAGCACACUGUUUAUAUAUGUUUUGACAUUAUUGCAUCUAGUACUGGGGAUUCUUGAACAAUGAUAUGAAUUCAAAGGUGCCAUUUGCAGAGAAUGAAUAAUCUGAGUCCUCCGUGAGGAUUUGAUUGGCAUUCAUUCAUCCCUCUUACCCUUAGCGAAGUAAGAAACUGGUCAUGUACUCAUCUCUAUAGAGAAAAGAUCUCUGGCUGAAAGAAAAAAAGUCUUUCAACAGUUAAUAAAAAGUAACUCUGCACUACAUUGUUCAGUCAACACAAUUUGCCAUUCGUUCAGGAGACAUGAGUGGAUUUUUGGCUUAAUGUGUAAGAUUUACUCUAACUGUUUUAUGCUUCAUAAAUGUCAAUUUGUGUUUAAAUAGGGAACUGUCAGUCCCUUUAGUGUUUGGUUGUGUUAAUAUGUUGUUAAAGUGGAUUUCCAGAAGUCAAAAGUCUUUGUUUUAGGGCUGUUUGACACAAGUAGAAGAAUUCUUUCAAGAACAUUUCUUCAUUCUUGCAAUUGUUGGAAUAGGAGUGGCUUGUCUACAGGUUAGUUUAUUGGGUGCAACUGCUAUUAGUUUUCAAAUCAAACAAAUCUUUUAUCAUCUUGUCAUUAUAUGGCUGCUGUGCAUGCAGCUGACAUGCCAACCUGAUGUGUACCAGGGUCAUCAUUACAUCAAGGAUUGUUGUAUUAUUCUGUCAAGUUUUUACAGUGUCAUCAAUGUACUGUCAUUUUACCUGUGA